AUGGGGAAACGAUUACGUGGAGCCAAAUCGAUUUGCUGCUGUGCAUCUCCUCGUUUCACUUCUUCAUCUCUUUCGUCAUUCUCAUGGCAUGAAGAGGAUGUAUGGACAGAAAUUGCCAAAUACUUGGAUGGGAAGUCUUUGGUGAUGCUGGCAUCAACCAGCAAAUGGUUCCUUCACGUUGUAAUGGACGAGAGUAUUUGGAAAUUUGCUUGUUUACGUGAUCUUCAGGUUCCUGAUUGCUCUGAAACGUCAUUUAAAUGGGCCAAGCUUUAUGCUUCAGCUUUUGGUGGAAGCCAUUCUUAUGCGUUUCGGCAGAAGGAGAAGCAUAUUGAUUGGAUGAGGAUUGGUGCCUUUUGCUUCGACUCAUCAGAUGCAUUCCUCAUGGAGAAUCUAAUCUGCCCUUCAAAGCUUCCAAAGGAAGAUACCGUGCAAAAGAUGUUGAACUCUUAUGGAUCUUGUGUAUUGCACAACAUCAAAACUGGAAUAUGGAUAGCAGAUUUACAGCUUGUUCGGUGCCCUGUCUGUGACCUGAAUACAUGCGACGGAACAAUGCAAGUACUGGAUGCCAGACACUUGGAGCUGUUUCUCACUGAAGGGUACCAGAAGGGAAGCUGGGAGUACAAGCUAAUAGGAUCUCAUGAUAUCAGAAAACAUGUAGACAGUGCUUCUGGUGGCAUUUUUGACUUCAAGUAUCUCAAGGCUCCAUCCACGGCUGGGCUGUUCAAUCUCAAGUCAUGGGUUGGAAAGCCCAACGACUGGCAGCCAAAAGCUAUGGUAACUUACCAUGCAGUUGCUAUCAACACCAAUUUACAAGAAAACGAAGGCCUUCACAUAAAAUAUCAUGUAAUGACAUCUGGAGACACCGAUGAAGUUGUGUCGAUCCGUGUCUCCCAACAACUGCUCUAAAUACCAACAAUGGCAAAGAAAUCUCUUCCUUAUCGAUCUUGCGCUUCUUUAAAGGUCAGUAUCGUCCUUCUUCAUGA